GGGACGCUCAGGAACGUGUACUACUGCGUGUGUGGUGUGGCACAGGGAAGCGAAAAAGUGUGCCACACAAUAAGCACUCAGUUGCGACCUUGAAGCACCGCGAAGACCAGCUUAAACAAAAUAUAGUUUAUAAAUCGAAUAGUUCUGACUUUUUUUUUUAGGACUCGCUGGAAACAGGAGGCUGGCAGUAAGAGACGACACUGCAAAUCUACAGAGCGUCUAGAAAAAUUGAUGGGGGACCAGAACAAACAGAAAAAACAGAGAAGAGGAACAGACAGGUCCUGAAAAAAGAGAGCUUUCAGAUGCUGUUUUUUUUUCUCCUGCUUUCUCUCUUUCACACUCUGUUUGCGUCCAUCUGGCUGCAAGAUUGCAUCCAAGACUGUUUCAUAAGCAGCCAUUUUGCCUGCAUGUUUUUUGGCCUCCAACAUUUCUGAAAUUAAUAAUUUAUUUAUUUCUUGUGCUCAAAAAAGGAUAAUCUCACAGUUCAUCAUCAUUCACCCAAGGGGCUGGAGGUUACAGGUUCUCCAGCCACUUUCUUUUAAGAUUCAUAAAGGGUGCUGUGUUUUACAAAUAAAUAUCUAGAGUGUUCUACGUUAGCCCAUGAGGAAGAUUCAACCCAAAAUGAUUUGCAUCUUCAGUUCCUGCAGCCCAACCUAGUUAAAUUCUUUAAUUUUUCAAACGCGAUUGGUGAGAUUCAUCACCAGGUAUUCUCAUCGUACUAUGAGUGAUGACAACUCAGACUCCGCCCCCAGCAAUGAUUCUAGGGUGCGAGCCGGAAGAGCUGAGGAGGAAGAAGAGGUGCUGCCUCAGACCAGCUCACCGGGCAUGAGUGGCAGCUCACCGUCAUCAAAUCCAGCCAAUGGCAGGACAGGGUCAUCUCUGGGAGGCGAGUCAGGACCCGCAGGUUUAUCCAGUGAUAACCGGGGGCAGAAUUCGGAUGAUAUGGACGCGCUAUCGAGCGGCAACGACUCUGGAGAGAGGGAGAGCGAAGGAGGGCUGGAGAGAGAAAAUGGCUCCAGGGGCCGACAGUCCAUGCGAAGUUACCAGAGCUCUUCAAGUCAUAAUGGCAAAGAUUCUGGCAUGAUGUUGGAGACCACUGAGAGUAACAAGAGUACAAAUUCCCAGAGUCUGUCUCCUCCCAGCAGCUCACUGGCGUACAGUUUGUUGAGUGCAGGCUCAGAGCAGGACCCUUCAUCCACCAGUGGCUGCAGCAGUGAGCAGUCAGCUCGCGUGCAGACCCAGAAGGAGCUGAUGAGGGCAGUGAAGGAGCUCAAGAUUCGCCUACCUGCUGAGAAGAAGACCAAAGGACGCUCCAGCACCAUCAACGCCCUCAAAUACGCCCUUAGCUGCGUCAAACAAGUCCAAGCUAAUCAGGAGUAUUAUCACCAGUGGAAAGUUGAAGAGUGUCAUGGCUGCAGUCUGGAUCUUUCCACAUUUACCAUAGAAGAGCUUGAUAACAUUACCUCAGAAUAUACGCUGAAAAACACAGACACAUUCUCCAUGGCUGUGUCAUUCCUGUCGGGGAAGGUGGUGUAUAUCUCGCCGCAGGGUUCAUCUUUGUUGCGACGGAAACCAGAGAAGCUGCAAGGGGCACUGUUUUCAGAGCUCCUCGCCCCUCAGGACGUCAGCACUUUCUACAGCAGCACUGCUCCCUGCAGACUACCGACAUGGGCCUCCUGCAUCGGAUCUGUGUCUCCUCCAGUGGAGUGUACCCAGGAGAAGUCCAUGUUCUGCAGGAUCAGCGCAGAUGGCUCUUCCAGUGGAGACAUGCGCUAUUACCCGUUCAGGCUGACCCCGUACCUGCUCACACUGCGAGACUCUGACAUCGCAGACCCCCAGCCCUGCUGCCUGCUCAUCGCUGAGAGAGUACACUCUGGAUACGAGGCUCCUCGUAUACCUCCAGAUAAGCGGAUCUUUACCACCAGUCACACACCCAGCUGUCUCUUCCAGGAGGUUGACGAGAGAGCUGUGCCACUGCUGGGUUAUCUGCCUCAGGACUUGGUGGGAACCCCAGUGCUGCUCUGUCUCCACCCAGAGGACAGACCAAUGAUGGUGGCCAUCCAUAAGAAGAUUCUGCAGUUUGCAGGGCAGCCGUUUGAACACUCUCCGUUGCGAAUGUGUGCCCGGAAUGGAGAGUAUCUGACUAUCGACACCUCCUGGUCCUCCUUUGUUAACCCUUGGAGCAGGAAGGUGGCAUUCAUCGUGGGUCGCCACAAAGUCCGGACUUCUCCACUGAAUGAGGAUGUGUUCACCUUGCCGCGGGCUCUGGAGGAAAGCGCCUUGACUCCGGAUAUCGCACAGCUCAGCGAGCAGAUCCACCGGCUUCUGGUUCAGCCCGUACACAGCAGCAGCUCACAGGGCUAUGGCAGUCUGGCAAGUAAUGGCUCCCAUGAGCUGCAACCCAGUGCCGCUUCAUCAUCAGAGAGCAACGGCACCACUCUGGAGGACCCAGCUCAGCUUCACAAACCAAUGACCUUCCAGCAGAUCUGUAAGGAUGUUCACAUGGUAAAGACGAGUGGCCAACAAGUGUUCAUCGAUUCCCGUAACCGCCCCCCUCCUAGGAAACACACUGCCACAGGUUCUUUGCGAGCUAUAGUAGACACUGUUACAGAUGUGGCCCCACCCUCAAAGGAUCCAGUCCUCUCUCAGCUGGUGAGGAAGGACCCGCCCAGUGCAUACUCUUACCAGCAAAUCAACUGCCUAGAUAGCAUUAUACGGUAUCUGGAGAGCUGUAAUGUCCCAAACACAGUAAAGAGGAAGUGUGGCUCCUCCUCCUGUACCGCGUCCUCCACUUCUGAUGAUGAUAAGCAGCAAGUCACCCCCAGCAACCCUAAAGGUCCGUCAGUAGCUCUGGUUAGUGAGAGUACAUCGCUGCCAGCCCUGACUUUACACAGUAAGGCAGAGAGUGUAGCAUCAGUAACGUCGCAGUGUAGUUUCAGCAGUACCAUUGUCCAUGUGGGAGACAAGAAACCCCCAGAGUCAGACAUUGUAAUGGAGGAAGCCCCUACAACUCCUAUACCUGCUCCUCCUGUCCUUCAUACUCUUCCUCCUCCUCCGCCUCCUCCUCCUCCAGCCAUUGCAGCUGCUCCUUCUCUUCCCCCUCCACCAACUCCACCAAGCCCAGCAGUUACAACUGAGAGAGAUGGAGUCAGGAGAGGAGGAGCAGCAGCAGCAGCAGGAGGAGGAAGGCUGGGACUGACCAAAGAGGUGCUUUCUGCACAUACUCAGCAAGAGGAGCAGAACUUCUUGUGUCGGUUUAGGGAUCUGAGUCAGCUGAGAGUGUUCGACCCAGCUUCAGUACUUCGCCGGCAUACCACCACACCAAUCACUAGAGGUGCGCGCUGUUCACGUGAUUACCCCACAAUGAGCAACAGUGGUCGUCGGCGUGGUAGAGGUGGUAAGAGGUUGAAACAUCAGGAGACCUCGGAGCAGGGGACCUCUUUAGGCCAGUCAGGCCCAACAGGAACCCUCUCCACAGGUGCACUUGCACAAGACGGAGUGCCUAACGCUUCCUUCCCUCUGGCUCCUCCAACAACCUCAUCUUCUUGGCCUCCUUCAGUGGGCUCCCAGAAUAGCCUGCCCUCUGUGCCCUAUCCACCAGGCAUGUUGCCCUUUUAUCCCCUCUACCCACCCCUCACUCACCCCAUCACUGACCCCUCCAUCCAUACUGGCCUUCGCUUUCCCAUUCAGAAUCCUCAAGUGGCACCUCCCAUGGUGCCCCCCAUGAUGGCGUUGGUACUUCCCAACUACAUGUUUCCACAAAUUGGCACAACCAUGGCCCAGCCUGUUGCUGCAACUAUGUCUCAGCCCUUCUACAACCCCACGGUGUCUUUUCAAUACCCCACAGCGAGCACUGCCCCUGCAGCACCCACUCAGACAAUAACACCAGCCCCAAGAAUCCCAUCCCGCUGUAGCACACCUCAGUCCUACAGCCAGAGGGAAGGAGGGGUGGAAAGAGAAGGGACAGAGUCACCCCUUUUUCAAUCCCGAUGCUCCUCCCCUCUGAAUUUGCUUCAGCUGGAGGAGUCGCCAACCAGUCGCCUCGAGGCAGUGACAGCACUGGCCUCUGGGCAACAGGCCACACCUCCUGCCGGUGGACAAGCAGGCGGGGUUGGAGGACCGGCAGCAGCCAAUCAGAGAGGUGCAGCAGACUCCAAAGAGAAUGAAAAUGGAGAAGCCAAUGAAUCAAAUCAGGAUGCCAUGUCCUCCUCCAGUGAUCUGCUUGACCUGCUGCUGCAGGAGGACUCACGAUCGGGCACAGGCUCAGCUGCCUCAGGCUCUGGGUCCUCAGGCACAGGGUCCUCAGGAUCUGGUUUAGGUUCCUCAGGGUCUGGCUCCAACGGAUGCAGCAGCUCUGGGAGUGGAACGAGAAGCAGCCAGAGCAGCCACACGAGCAAGUACUUUGGCAGUAUAGACUCUUCUGAGAAUGACCACUCGCGUAAGCAGACAGCAGGGGGCAACGGAGAAGCCCAGUUCAUUAAGUGCGUACUGCAGGAUCCCAUCUGGCUGCUUAUGGCCGACACAGAUGAGAAGAUCAUGAUGACCUAUCAACUGCCCAUCAGAGACAGACAGACUGUACUGAGUGAGGACAGCGUUGCAUUGAGAGCCAUGCAGAAGCAUCAGCCUCGUUUUACUGAGGAACAGAAGCGGGAGCUGAGUCGGGUUCACCCCUGGAUCCGCACAGGACGCCUGCCACGUGCCAUCAAUAUAUCCGGAUGUGUGGGCUGCAAAUCUCCUCCUUCAGUGCCUCCUGCUGCCCCCUUUGAUGUCGAGAUCCAUGAGAUGGAGCUGUGCAGCGUGCUCGACGUGACAGAAGAUGGCACCAGCGGCGAGAAACACAUGCAGCCAGAAACGGCUAUGGAUGUCCGAGAGGCACAGCAUCGGAUAGAUGCAGAUGAGGAAGAGAAAGGACAGGCCAGAAUGACCACACUGGUCAGCGAUCAGGAAAUGGCAGCUGAGGAACAAGAAGUUACCUCACAAAUGGAGGAUGAAGAGGAGAAAGGAGGCCAUGCAACUGAUAUGAGACACUGAAAUGAUGAUGUUAGCCCACGACUGGUGGAGAAAAUGACUUCACACUCACAGCUGAUGAUGUCAGCAGUGGGAUAUUGACAAAAAAAAAAAAAAAAGACUAUAGCACUAACAGCCAAGCAUACUGACUUUUGGGCACUUUUAUUAUUUUUCAGAAAAGAUGUACAGGAAAUGUAAACUAGUAUGGUAUGUUGUGAGGUUUACCAAUGACACUGUGGAGAGUGGAAUUACUUUGUUAGGUUCUUAAAUUAAAGUGACUCUGAUUUGUUUUUAUACAAGUCAAAAAAAAACUGUAUUUAUUCGUAUAGCCGAGCGCAGGUCAGAAAGCUGCAACGGCUGAUAAUGAAUGUGAAAAAAGGCCACCUUAUUGUAAGACUGUGACACCACUGCUCUGCACACUGCCCCGGUUCACUUUUACAUAACUGCAUUGGGGAUGGUUUGACUUUUUAACUAGACCUCUUCAGUUAUUCCGUUCAGCUCCAGCUUUGAGAACUCACAGGACUGCGUUUUGUUCUGUAACUCUGACCAGCCCCAUUAAACUGAUUACAGUGUUACUAAAACGAGCGAAAAUAUGCAGGCUUCGGCUCAGUAUCACUGCCUUUUGCAGAUGAUUUAUCUGCAGUUUACAUGUGCAUUCAGACCAAAUUUCACAGGUUGAUUUAUUUUUUUGGAGGUUCAUUAGUAUUUUUAUAUAUUACUGGGGUAGUUUCUGUCCAGAGAUUUGUACUUGUACUAUCUGCAGCGUGUGUUUAAUCCACAUGGACUGCUCGUUAAUAUUUCUGUCACUUGGGCAGUGGAAAGUGUUUUUGGCUAAUGAUUGCUUCACAUUUAUUUUCUCCUCCGUAUACAAAGUAAAAGACCCUGUAGUAUGGAAUUAAAUUUGUGCCAAAAGUACUGAACAUGACUUCAAGAAACGAACAAAAUAUACAAUGAGAUUUGGAUCGACAGCUCGAGUGUCCAGCUGAAGAGGAGGAUGAGGUCAUACGAGACUACUCGAACCUCAAAUAUUAAUUACGAAUGAAUAUACUGACUAAGUAAACAAGUAAUUUCCACCACAAAGUACAAACAAUAUAACUACACGGAGAACCGCAUCCAGAACGUUCUCCAGAAUUCACAACACUGAUGUCUCUGCUUCCUGGGCAGGGAGCUGUUCAUCCAAAUCUCACUAGCCAUUGAGAGUAAAGCACUGUUAAGCCCCGCCCACACAAGAGGUUUGUGCUAGAAUGGUGAACGUAAACUUGCGUAUUCAUAAACCAUGAUUAGAGAAAACGAAGCGUAGUAAACUGUUAACAAAGAAUGCUGUUUAAUUGAAGACCGUGUUUCAGUUUCAGAGAGUUUUUCUUCUUUCAUUGUAUGUUUUUGUUCCGUUUCUUGAAAAGUUAGGUUCAAUACUUUUGGCACAAAUUGAAUUCCAUAUUGUAGCCAGUGGCAUCGUCAGUAAUAGAGGUGCAUGAUGGGUAGGAGAAUGUAUGAGCAUGGUGGACAGUCAUAGGUCCAUCAAAAACGCACAGUAGUGCACGUGUGGUCUCAUUUUCACUAUAGUGUCUCGCCUUAGUUACAUGUGCUCGGCAAUCAUAGAAGAAAAUGAUAGGCUUAGUAAAGACCAGUAAUCGUGUAAAGAGUGUUUAGGACAGGGCAGACAAUCUCUAACAUGCUUCUCUUUUCUGUGUAAUUCUGUUUUAAUCAUGUCGUACUCAGCUUUAGUGAUCUUGAGUGGUUUCUUAAGUAUUUUUGUGAAUUUCUUUGUAUAUAAAAAAAAGAAAUAAAAUCAAAACUUUCCUUUUAUAA